GGGAAAGUGGAAAACCGAGCAUCUGAGUUUCACUCUUUCUUCUCACCAGAACUACGUUGGGGUGGUGCGGUGUGGUUAUUGCUCUGUUCUCUUCUCUCUCAUCCUCUUCUAAUGGCGGCGCUGUGCCCCACACUCUCAUUCGCUACAGAUGACAAUGUGGAACUUGAAGAUGUUGUUUCUAAGGGCUCAUUAGCUUUUGAUGAAUGGACUAUACUCAUUUCAGAGAUUGACAACACAUAUCCUGAUAAUGUGGAGAAAAUAUGUCUAGUUUAUGACCAUUUCUUGUCCAAAUUCCCGUUGUGUUAUGGCUAUUGGAGGAAGUAUGCUGCCCACAUGGCACGCUUAUGCCCUGCAGAUAAAGUUGUUGAAGUCUUUGAACAAGCUGUGUUAGCAGCAACAUAUUCAGUGGGCAUGUGGGUUGACUACUGUAGCUUUGGUAUGUUAGCUUUUGAGGAACCAUCUGAUAUUCGGAGAUUGUUCAAGAGAGCCAUUUCCUUUGUUGGGAAGGACUACUUAUGUCAUACCUUGUGGGAUAAGUAUAUUCAAUUUGAGUUUUCCCAGCAGCAGUGGAUUUCUCUUGCUCACGUUUAUAUCCAAACUCUUAAGUUUCCAACCAAAAAGUUGCAUCAGUAUUAUGAUAGUUUUAAAAAGUUGGCAACCUUUUUGGAAGAGGGAAUGACAAGCCUGGACAAUUCUCCAAAGCAAUUGCAAUCUGAAUCUUGUUUUGAUGGAGAAAUUCCUAUGACUAUGUGUUGCAAGGAUGAUGAGAUUUAUUGCAUUAUCAAGGAUAUGAUGGAUUCAUCUGUUGGAAUGGCUUGUUCAAUAGCUGUAAAGAAGUACAGGGUUAUUGGAGAACAGCUCUAUCAUAAUGCUUGUGAGUUGUAUUCAAAGAUUAGUUCUUUUGAGGCUAAUAUUGAGAGACAUUACUUUCAUGUUCAACCACUUGAUGCAAAGCAAUUGCAGAAUUGGCAUGAUUAUCUGGAUUUUAUUGAACUUCAAGGGGAUUUUGACUGGGCUGUGAAACUUUAUGAGAGAUGCUUGAUUGUGUGUGCCAACUAUUGUGAUUAUUGGAUGCGUUAUGUGGACUUCAUGGAAGCCAAGGGAGGAAGAGAAAUAGCAAACUACUCUCUAGAUCGAGCCACCGAAAUUUAUUUGAAGAGUGUGCCGGCAAUCCAUUCAUUCAAUGCUAGGUUUAAGGAACAGAUAGGAGAUGUUAUAGCUUCCCGUGCUUUAUAUAUUCAGAGGGGUAAAGGGACAGAUUCAGACUUUGUGGAGAGUGUUAAAUCUAUAGCUAAUAUGGAAAAACGUUUGGGAAACAUGGAGUCUGCUUUCAAUAUAUACAAAGAAGCUCUAGAAAUGGCUGCAGCUGAGGAAAAGCUACAAGCCCUUCCCCUUUUAUAUAUUCAUUUAUCUCGGCUAAAAUAUAUGAGUACAAACAGCGAGGAUGCUUCAAGAGAUGUCUUAAUUGAUGGUAUCAGAACUUUGCCUCCAAACAAAUUGCUUCUGGAGGAAUUGAUAAAGUUCUCAAUGGUGCAUGGAGGGACAAAGCACAUAACUUUAAUAGAUACAAUUAUAGCUGAUGCAUUAUCUCCAAGGUCUGAUGAAUCUCAAGGUCUGGGUACCGAGGAUGCUGAGGAUAUAUCAAAGUUAUACCUAGAGUUUGUUGACUAUUGUGGAACCAUACAUGAUGUAAAGAAGGCAUGGAAUCGGCACAUGAAGUUAUUCCCAGGCUCUACCAGGAUAGAUUUUCGUCAUCAAUCAGCUAAAUGUCAAGGAUCUCUAAAUUUGAUUCAGCACAAGCGAGAAGAGGUUUUGGUUGCCUUACCUAAUCAAGCAUCUAGGGAUUCUAGUUCUGACAUGCAUGCAAAUUUACCUCAAGAAAACAGGAAAGUGUCAUCAGAGUAUUGUGAUACCCAGUUGGAUCCUACUGCUGAUGAAUUGAAUCAUAUUACUCAGUCUAAUGAUACAGAUAUGCACGGGCUUCAAAUCAUGGAAUCGGAUGACAAAGCAGGAAAUAAUGGAAGGGAUUUGGCUCUCCCUGAGGAACCAAGGGACAAUGGUCCUGAAAAUAAGUUGCCGUCUGCAGAUUUAGUGGAAGUGGAAGAGGAACCUGGUCUAGUUGAUAAGAAUUUAAAAAGAAAUUGUUCUGAAUCUGACGUUUCAUCUGAAAAUUUAUUACAGCAAACAGCCAGUGGAAAUAAAUCUUUGAAAGCAUCCUCGAAUGAGAAUGCUGUCUUCUCUCAGUGUGAGCUUGAGACUGAAGAAUUGAACCCCCGGGAGAGCACAUGCCCUGAUUCGGAACUGAUGACAUCUCAGGAGGAGUGUGACACAAUUCCAGAAAGGAGCAAGUUGAAUAGUAGAACGGUGGCGGGUGGUCAUACUUCAAAUCAAGACAACUCUGCUAGCACUCAAGACUCUGAAUCUGCUCAAACUCAUGUUGAAAUAAACAAUUCAUAUUCAGCAUGCCAUCAAGACGAGAGAGCUAGAAGAUCACUUCUACCACCCCGGUUUUCUAGAAAUAGUGAUGGAAAGUGGCAUCAGAAAAGAAAUACCGGUAACUUUCGCCGAGGUCACAAAUAUGGUCAUCGAGAAUACACACACAGAAAACAGCACCAACAGCAGCAGCUGCCUCCACAACAAUUCCAUCCAGCUGGAGGGGGACCACAAUUGCCUGUCACUCCAGGUUACGCCCAAUCGGAAAUGCAAGCCCAGCAAUUCAAUCAAGGACAAACUCAAUUUCAAGCCACUUCUACUCCUGCUGAUUUUGUUGCAACUCAUAGUUGGCCUAUACAAAACAUUCCGAUACAGAAUUCUUUAUCUCAGUCUCAGUCACCAGCCAAUAUCACAUCACAUGUAUUUCAACAUCCAAUGCAAGGCAAUGUACAAUAUGGAUAUAUGCAGAAUGGCCAAGAACAUAAUCAGAUGUGGCAGCAGUAUUACUACCAACAGCAGCAGCAGCAGUUGCAACUACAACAACAUUAUAUGCAAUUGCAACAACAAUCAACCCAGCAGGAACAGUCACAGCAACUUCAACAACACGGUCAAUUGGUUCAACCACAACAGUUGCAACAACAACCAUUCCAGCUGGAACAGUCACAGCAACUUCAACAACAUAAUCAACUAGUUCAACCACAACAGUUGCAACAACAAUCAUUCCAGCUGGAACAGUCACAGCAACUUCAACAACAUAGUCAACUGGUUCAACCGCAACAGCUGCAACAACAAUCAUUCCAGGCGGAACAAUCACAACAACUUCAACAACAGAGUCAACUGGUUCUACCACAAAGGUUGCAACAACAAUCAUUCCAGGUGGAACAAUCACAACAACAACAUAGUCAACUGGUUCAACCACAACAGUUGCAACAAUUGCUGUUACAGCAACAGUUUCUGCAGCAGCAGCAAUAUUUUCAACAGCUACAACAACAGCAACAAGAGCAUCCUGUUUACCUUCAGCAGCAACAGCCAUCAACACAGAGCAACAACAGUCCUGUAGCAGACCAAGGGCAGGCAAUAGUGACAUCACAGAGCAAUGAAGAGAUAAUGUCGCAACAAUCAGGCGAACCUGGGUUGGUUUCUUCUCCUGUUCUGGAUCAUCCCCAAGAGGAUUGACAUUUCCUUGUAGAUUUGACAUGUUUAUGGUUGUAAAAUUCAGAAUUUACUCUGCGAAAACUUGGCACAAGGACACUGGAUCCCAAUAUGAAAUUCUUAGCAGCUUCCACCCAAAGCAAAAAAUGGUCACAGUAAUUUGCAUUAUAGUUAAAGAGUAUGUUACAAUUGUUUGGCCAUCCUAGUGAGAGUUGAUAAGUUCUGGUGACGCAGCUUCAUAUGUAAAUAGAAUUCUUAAGCACAUUAUAAGCCUUAAAAAGUCCAUUUUGAUAAAUAGAAUGAUUAAGUUUAUUUUCAGGAACCUUUAUUUUGAGAAUAAGAUGUUCAUUCCUUCGUGACUGAAAACUUACAUUGGGCCA